AUGACUUUUGGACUAGUGUACACGGUGUACGCAACUGCGGUUGAUCCUAAAAAGGGAGAUUUGGGGAUUAUUGCACCACUAGCUAUUGGAUUCAUAGUUGGUGCAAACAUCUUAGCUGGUGGUGCGUUCGAUGGUGCAUCUAUGAACCCUGCGGUGUCCUUCGGUCCAGCUGUCGUCAGUUGGACCUGGAACAGCCACUGGGUUUACUGGCUAGGUCCGUUUGUGGGUGCGGGCAUAGCUGCACUUGUAUAUGAAAUUAUUUUUAUCGGGUCAAAUACUCAUGAGCCUCUCACAUCCGCAGAUUACUAA